AUGGCUAUUGAGAACCCCAACACAAACAGUCACCUUGAUAUGGACACAAUUACAAAGAAAUCUGGAGAGAUCUUUACAGGAAAUGGAUGCUUUAAGGGACCUGUGCAUCUAGAAAUAGACAAGACUGUCCCACCUGUGAAACUUCCUUUACGCCGUGUCCCAGUUGCAAUCAAGCCACUUUUGCAACAAGAGCUGAAAAGACUAGAAGGACUACUGGUCAUUCACGCUGUCAACAAGCCAACAGACUGGGUGUCUAGCCUACUAGCAUUCAAGAAACCGAAUGGAAAAUUACGUAUCUGCAUCGACCCAAAACCUUUGAAUAAGGCUCUCCGUCGAAGUCACUACCCUCUUCCUGUGAUAGAAGACGUCUUGCCUGAUCUAGCAAAGGCUCGUGUUUUCACUGUGUGUGAUGUAAAGAAUGGCUUCUGGCAUGUGGAGCUCGACGAGCAGUCCAGCUACCUUACAACUUUUGAAACUCCGUUUGGACGUUAUCGUUGGCGCCGCCUACCUUUUGGCAUCUCUCCAGCGCCUGAGAUUUUCCAGCAUCGUUUGGAACUAGCCAUACAAAACUUACCAGGAGUCAAAGCUGUCGCUGAUGAUAUCCUUAUCUAUGGAGAAGGAGACAGUGAUGCAGAAGCCAUACGCGACCAUGACCAGAAACUUGUCAGCUUUUUGAACCGUUGCCGUGAGCAAGGAAUCUAG